GUGGAGGUAACAAGUCAUCAGGCCAACAGCACAGUGAUUUAAGUCAGCAGAGGAGCAUUGAAAUAUCCUCCCAGAAUUCUUCUGGUGGUACUUUCUUAAGUCCGGUGGGGCCGGCUAAAUUAACAAGGAGGCUGUCUAUUGAGCGGUCAGUUUCAAAUGACUACAUGACCUCAAAAACACCAAAUGUUGAGCCCCAAAGUGUCAAAGCCAACGAUCGUCCACCUUCUCGAUUAAAGACAAAUGCUGAAAGAUUGCAAAGCAAGACUCCUGUAGACAGGUUGAUUUCUAAAAUUCUAACAGAUAGGUCAGGUCGACAUGCUGUGAGAGAUGAAGGGAUGUCUGAAGCCUACCAACAACUUUCAAGGGACAAAGAGUCGACCAGAUCCGUGGGGUGUAGAAACCAACCAGAUAAAUCAAGGCAUGGGAGUGAUCAAAUGGCGCUGACUAACUUAACAUGCACCAGCUGGUUGGAAGCAGCUAAAGGAGACAGAUCGCUGAAUCAGACGCCAUUGUCAGAUGGAGGCUACAGCAGCGUGAGCCAGACCCCAAUCUCUGAAGUGGGCAGCGUCAGCCCCAGUCCUAUCAUGAUGGCCACGGCAGGUUUCUUUGGGGACUGCGAGCGCAGAGAUAUUUUGUCCCCUGCGACAAUUUUCAUGCCCCUUCGGUCUGACUCUGUCUUAAGUGGGGUCUACCACACCCGUAACUGCGGGCCGGACAGUUUUAGUUGUAAACAAUCUAACAGUUCUCAGGUUUCAAGCAGGGGCUCUGAGGAACAGGAACAUACAGUUCUAAAUGUCAGGACACAAACGUCCAAGAAAGGAUCAAAUAUUUCAGAUGCAUUGACAGGAUUUGAAAUGGAUUCACCCAAAGAUACACCUGAG